CGACCAUCUCUAGCACCGGACAGUCUUCUGCGGGUGCGAAAUGUAUUUGUAGAAAACAUAUUUUAAUUAAUAAGUUAAUUAUGACGGAGCUGCUUAUAGAUCCCGACAUACGCGUUUGGGUGUUUUUACCCAUCGUGCUUAUCACAUUUCUGGUCGGCAUCGUGCGCCAUUACGUAUCCAUUCUGAUAUCGACACAGAAGAAGGCUGAGAUGACCCAAAUCAUGGACAGUCAAGCCAUGAUUCGUGCUCGUUUGCUGCGAGAGAAUGGUAAAUAUCUGAGUGCCCAGUCCUUUUCCAUGCGAAAGAACUUCUUCAAUAACGAGGAGACGGGCUAUUUCAAGACCCAGAAACGCGCUCCGGUCGCCCAAAACUCUUCGGCUAUGCUGACGGACAUGGUAAAGGGCAAUUUUAUUAAUGUGCUGCCCAUGGUCGUUAUUGGUGGCUGGAUUAAUUGGAUGUUCUCCGGUUUUGUGACAACCAAAGUACCAUUCCCACUCACCCUGCGCUUCAAGCCAAUGCUGCAACGCGGCGUGGAGUUGGCCUCACUGGACGCCGCCUGGGUGUCCUCAGCAUCAUGGUAUUUCUUGAACGUGUUUGGCUUGCGCUCCAUUUACACCCUAGUGCUGGGCGAGAAUAACCAUGCGGACCAGACCCAAGCACAGGCGGAUGCAAUGACUGGUGCCGCGAUGACCAUGCCCCAAGAUCCCAAGGCGGCAUUCAAGGCCGAAUGGGAGGCACUCGAGAUCACAGAAUAUCACAAUGCGCUGAAGAACAUCGAUGCGGACAUGAUGAGCAUUGCAAACGAAUCGAGUGCCUCCUAGCUGUGCCCAAAGAAACGCAAACUGCAGGCCAACAGGCAACGUGCGUUUGCAAGGUUAACCAUUAGUAAAAUUUAGAUGCGUAUUUUAACAAGCUAAACAAAAGAAAUCAAAGCAAAAUUCCGUUUCGAGUCAAGUCUUGCAUUAAAUGUACUAACUGUGUACGAAUUAUGCUUUAGUUGUGAAUCUGCCACGCCCACGUCUAUCAUAGAUUGUCCUUUAAGAUGCGGCUAUCGUGUUAAGCAAAUAAUGUGUACAAUUUAUAUAAACAAAUAAAGUAAAGUAGAACGAAGAA